CUUCCCCACCCCACGCCCUCCGAUUGAAUAAGCUUACACCAGUUGUCCCCUCUAAUAGAAUAUUAAUUAGGAAGAUUUGUUUCCUUGUAUGUUUAGAAUUCUACUACUAUAAAUAUACAUGUCAGGACUCCUAUUGGAGUAACCUUUUCUAUUAUUUCACAUGGUAUCAGUAGCCCAAAGAAAACCCUAAUUUUCUUUUCGAUCUAAGUCGCCGCCAUGACCUCCGAAUUCUCCACCACGGCGCCGCCGACUUCUCCAAAAACACCGCCGCCACCGCCGUUCUCCAUGACAGACAUCGGCACCUCGGCAUCGGACUUCUCCUCCCCCGCUCACCAUGCCGUCUCCCAGCCGCAACCCCAGGCGGCGAUCUCACGUCCGGUUGGCAGCUUCACCAUGCCACCGCCGACGACCGAAUAUAUGGCCGCAUAUCCGUUCCCACCGUAUACUGCGCCACUGCCAUACUCCCUCUUCAACCCCUUGCCGCCGCAAUUCCCAUGGCAGCCGAGUCGCCCUCUUCUGCCACCGGUCAGCCCACGCCCCACGCCACCACCAGCUUCUCCCUAUUUUGGCCCUUCGUUCGCUGGUUUUCCAGGAGUUGUCCGACCCCAGAAUGACAACCCUCUCUUCGGCACUCCAAUGGCAGCCUUGGUGCAGGCUGUUUCUCAUGGAAUUGCAAACGUCCACUACAAAAAAACACGCCGUUUGUCACGGAUUUUUGUCACGGAUUCCGGCCGUGACAAAUUUGUCACGGGCUUUGUCACGGAAUUCUGGGAUUUGUCACGAAAAUUAUUUGUCACGGAUUUAUCCGUGACAAAACCCGUGACAAUAUUUUGUCACGGAUUUGGUCCGUGACAAAUUUACUCCGGCGACCGGUUUUUUACUCCGGUGAAUACUUUUUUGCUUCCGGGCAUUUGUCACGGACAGAUCCGUGACAAAUCCGUGACAAAUUUCAAAAAAAUUCAAUUAUUGAUUUUCCAGCGGUAACCUUUAAUAAUACGGUAUGGGAAAAGAUUUGUCACGGAUAAAUCCGUGACAAAUCCGUGACAAAUUUCAAAAAAACUCAAUUAUUGAUUUUCCAGCGGUAACCUUUAAUAAUGCGGUACAUAAAAAGAUUUGUCACGGAUAAAUCCGUGACAAAUCCGUGACAAAUUUUUUUAUAUAACCCAACUCCAUCGUCCAUUACAAUUGCAAGAACAACAAUCAGUUCAAAAAUUCGUAGAUUCGAGUGAUGUAGUAUCGGUUUAAAGAUUGAAUGAUGUAAUCCGUCAGUUCAUCAUUUUCCGAGUUUAUGCUGAUAAGGUAUGUCAUUUUAAUUAAUUUCUUUUAAUUGUGUGAUAAAUUAAUUAUUAGCUUAAUUAAUUAAUUAUUAUUAGUGAGGUUAGGAUUCUUUUUUCUUUAUAUAAUAAUAAUUAAUUAUUAGCUUAAUAAUUAAUUAGUGAGGUUAGUUAUUGUUCAUUUAUUUAAACUAUUAACGUAAUUUAGUGAGGUCAUGUUAAUUUUCAUAUUAUUAUCAAUAUAUUAUUAAACUAUUAACGUAAUUUAAUUAGUUAAAUUUAAAUAUAAAUAUUAAUUAGGUAAAUUAUUGUUAUUAUUAAUGCAUAAUAAUUUAGGAUGUGUAGUGAUGAUUUAAGUAUUAGCUAGCUUAUUAUAGAUUAAUUAAUUAGUGGCUUGUAGUGAUUUAAUUAAUUAGUUAGCUAGCUUAAUUAUUAAGUUAUUAAUUAUCACCAAUUAUUAUUUAUUACCAAUUAUUGUUAAUGGGAUGCAUAAUUAAUAUAGCUAGCUAGGAUUGAAACUUUAUUAUUAUUUAGUUUAGUGUGAAUUAUUAUUGUGAAUUAUUAAUGAGAUAAUAUUUAACAAUAAUAUUAGUUAAAUGUAAAUUAAUUAACUAAUUAAUUAAGUUAAAACAUUGAGUAAAUGGGUUUAGAAUUUGAUGAGUUGAUAAUAUUAGUUAGAUUUAAAUAUUAGUUAAUUGAUCAAUGAUGAUAAUGCAUGAUUAGGUUUAAUUUGUUUAUUAAUUAGUUAAUUAUUGUUAAUGUAUAAUUUAGGAUUUGUAGUGAUUUAAGUUAGGAUUCAAACUUUAUUAGUUAAGUGUGAAUUAUAUAUUAUUGUGAAUUAAUUAUAUUUAACAAUAUUAGUUAAAUGGAAAUUAACUAAUUAAUAAGUUAAAUUAGUUAAUUAUUGUUAAUGGGAUGCAUAAUAUAUAUAGCUAGGGUUGAAACUUUAUUUUUAUUUAGUUUAGUGUGAAUUAUUAUUGUGAAUUAUUUUUGUGAAUUCACAAUAAUAAUUCACAAUAUUAGUUAAAUGGAAAUUAACUAAUUAAUUAAGUUAAAACAUUGAGGAAAUGGGUUUAGAAUUUGAUGAGUUGAUAAUAUUAGUUAGAUUUAAAUAUUAGUCAAUUGAUCAAUGAUGAUGAUUAGGUUUAAUUUGUUUAUUAAUUAGUUAAUUAUUGUUAAUGCAUAAUUUAGGAUUUGUAGUGAUUUAAGUUAGGAUUCAAACUUUAUUAGUUAAGUGUGAAUUAUAUAUUAUUGUGAAUUAAUGAUAUUUAACAAUAUUAGUUAAAUGGAAAUUAACUAAUUAAUAAGUUAAAUUAGUUAAUUAUAGUUAAUGGGAUGCAUAAUAUAUAUAGCUAGGCCGGAUUGAAACUUUAUUUUUAUUUAGUUUAGUGUGAUUUAUUAUUGUGAAUUAUUAUUGUGAAUUAUUAUUGUGAUUUAUUAAUGAGAUAAUAUUUAACAAUAAUAUUAGUUAAAUGUAAAUUAAUUAACUAAUUAAUUAAGUUAAAACAUUGAGGAAUUUGAGUUGAUAAUAUUAGUUAGAUUUAAAUAUUAGUUAAUUAAUUGAUCAAUGAUGAUGAUUAGGUUUAAUUUGUUUAUUAGUUAAUUAUUGUUAAUGCAUAAUUUAGGAUUUGUAGUGAUUUCAGUUAGGAUUCAAACUUUAGUAGUUAAUAAUUAAAACGAUUAAUGCCAUUAACAUAUUACUAUUAGUUAAAUAUUAGUAAAUCAACGCUUUUAGUUAAUGUCACAAAUUAAAGUUGGUUAAUUCAAAUUAUUAAUGCCACAAAUUAAAUAAUGUACUGCUUUUAGUUAAUUAAUAAUAUUAAUGUACUUAUAUAUUAUUUUGAUUAUAAUAUAUAUACAGGCAUAAUGUAUAGACAAAACAGAAGUUGGAUGUACCAAAAACAUCGUGAUAACUAUGGAAUACGCAGUGAAUUUUUGAAUGGUGUUGAAGAUUUUAUUAAAUUUGCACAAGAACAGAAGAAUUAUAUGGAUGGAGAUAAAAUCAGAUGUCCAUGUACAAAGUGUAAAAAUCUUCAAUUUAAAGAUGUCGACCAAGUUGUGUGGGAUUUGUACGAAAAAGGUUUCGUUGCCAAUUAUUAUAAUUGGACUUCUCAUGGUGAACCUUUCGAUCCAUCACUUUUACCGCAAACAGUGGGUUCAUCUCGUAAUGUCCCUACCGAGAUGAGUGGAUGGGGAGACUAUGAUCAAAUGACGUGGGAUCAAAGAAUGGCAUAUGAUGUAUACGGUGCUUCAACGAUGCAGUUUAACCCACCACAGCCAUUUAACGAUCUUCCCGAAGCUUCGACCUCGUAUCAACCCGAUGCGGAUGAAGAUCAGACCUUUUAUCAGUCUGUUGCGGAUGAGUAUCCGAAUUCUCAUGUUCCUCAUAUUGAAGACUUAGCUGAAAGAUUUCAAGAUGUUUUAAAAGCUGCUGAUCAGCCUCUGUAUGCUGAUUGUGAGGGAUACUCUCAGCUAUCCGCCGUUACAGAGUUGAUGAACAUUAAAUCUGAAUACAAUCUUCCUGAAUCUUGCAUGUCUAGGUUAUUGCAGUCAUUUGGAGGAAUGUUACCGCGUGACCAUAAUCUUCCUGAUUCUUAUUACAAAAUGAAACAAUUAAUGUCUCAGUUAGGGCCUCCUUGUAUAGAAAUUGAUGCGUGCCCAGAAGGAUGUAUGUUGUUCUGGAAGGAUGAUGUGGCACUUGAGACCUGCAAGUUCUGUGGUGGAGAGAGAUACAAGCCUGUUCCUCAUAGACGAAAAAAACCACGAAAAAGGUCUGCAUUGUCUAAAUUGUUUUACCUCCCUCUAGCUCCACGCCUGCAGAGGAUGUAUGCUUCAAAUGCUACUGCGAAACACAUGACGUGGCAUGUUGAGCACGAAACAAAAGAGGGUUUGAUGUCUCACCCUUCCGACUGUGAAGCUUGGAGACACUUUGACCGUUGUCAUCCUCAGUUUGCAAUGGAGCCACGGAAUGUGCGACUGGGAUUGUGUUCAGACGGAUUUGCUGCUUUUGGAAAGUUUGGGAAGAAAUUUUCAUGUUGGCCAGUCAUGUUAACUCCUUAUAAUCUUCCUCCCGACAUGUGCAUGAAAAGUCAUUUCAUCUUUUUAACUUUAAUUUGUCCAGGUCCCUCGGAUCCUAAAAAAAGGAUAGACAUCUAUCUCCAACCCCUGAUCGAGGAGAUGAAAGAACUUUGGGCCAUUGGGACACCAACUUAUGAUGUUUCGAGAGAUCAGAUGUUUAUCAUGAAAGCUGUCAUCAUUUGGACCAUUAGCGACUUCCCUGCUUAUGGUAUGCUUUCAGGAUGGAGCACACACGGUCUUAUGGGAUGUCCGAUAUGUAUGGAUCAAUCAGAGGCCAAUUGGCUCAAAUUUAGCGGGAAACCAAGUUACUUUGAUUGUCACCGCAAGUUUCUGCCUAUGAACCAUCGAUAUCGAAAGGACAAGAAGUCUUUUAUUGCCGGAAGAGUGGUACGAGAUCCCCCUCCUCCGAGACUUACAGGUGAACAAGUUUUUAACCGGGUUCGACGUUUUCCUACGGCCGUGCAGCAACCCCACGGGGAGCCAAAUGGGUAUUGUGAUACCCAUAAGUGGACAAAGAGGAGUAUAUUUUGGGAGUUGCCGUAUUGGAAGGACCUUCUCAUUCGUAACAAUUUAGAUGUCAUGCACGUUGAGAAGAACGUCUUUGACAAUAUAUUUAACACGGUUAUGGAUUUUACCCACAAAACCAAAGAUGGUCUUGCAUCUAGAAAAGACAUGACAAUUUGGUGCGACAGACCCGAACUCGCCGUCGAUCUAGAAUACGUGGGUAAAAAAAUUCCAAGAGCAGUCUACCAACUCACAGCCCCACAAAGGGAAUCAAUAUUAGAGUGGCUUGUUUCUCUGAACUUUCCAGAUGGCUAUUGUUCUAACUUGUCAAGAUGCGUGGACCUGGACAAACAAACAAUGACGUCGAGCAUGAAAACUCAUGAUGCUCAUGUAAUCAUGCAACGACUUCUGCCGAUUGCACUGAAAGAGAUGCUUCCUGCAGACGUCUGGGGCUGUAUUACCGAAAUCAGUCAAUUGUUUCAGUCGAUAUGUUCCGCCGUUUUGGAUGCCGAAUCCCUGAGGAGACUAGAAGACACUGUUCCUAUUCUGAUGUGUAAUCUGGAAAAGAUACUGCCCCCAUCAUUUUUUGAUGUAAUGGAACAUCUUCUAAUACAUCUUCUAUCGUUGGAUGUACAUAUUUGAAAGAUUUCUGGGAGAUUUGAAAAAGAAAGCGACCAACAAGGCACACAUUGAGGCUUCAAUUUGUCAAGCAUAUAUUCAACAAGAAACCUCAACGUUUUCAUCUUUUUAUUUUGAGCGUGAAGUAAUCAGUAAAAGAAAGAGACCUGCUCGGAACGAUGACAUUGGCGAGGAUUCAUAUGAUAAAGUAGUUUCUAUUUUCAACUACCCAGGUAGAGGUAAAGGAGCUGCGACUUACCGUUACAUCGUGGGCGGAGAAAUGAAAAUUGCACAUACUUACAUCCUCAUGAAUUGUCCAGAAAUCUUACCAUUUUAUAAUGAAUUUAGAGCGUCUUUAUCAGCAUUUCCUGAUGAUGCAAUUGAUGCAAUGGUGGACUCUGACUUUGCAUUAUGGUACCAACAGCAGAUCAGGUACCGUGGGAUUAACGACCCUCUGUUAGUAUCAUUAUCGUGGGGCCCUUCUUCCUAUGCAAAGGUUUGGCAUUCAUAUGUGACAAACGGUUAUACGUAUCACACAGUUGAAUAUGGAGAAGGUCGACCAACAAUGAACAGCGGGUUAUGUGUCCCGACCAUCGGUUCUGAUAACUCGGAAACCAAUUUUUUUGGUUUCUUGCAUGAGAUUCUCGAACUUCAAAUGCCUUCUGGUUUGCAAGAAUUAACAUGCGUGUUGUUUCGCUGCACAUGGGUCGACCCUACACGUGGUGUGAGAAAAAAUUCAAAAUAUAAUAUAAUUGACGUCAACAACUCUCGUGUGUAUCAGAAAAAUGAGCCAUUUAUACUCGCUCAACAAGCAGCCCAGGUUUAUUAUGCAGAGUAUCCUUCAACGAGGCGCACACGGAAUCCUUGGGUGUGUGCCAUUAAUAUCUGUCCGAGCAAAAUUGUAACACAUGCUCAACAAAGGGAUAUUGACUUUGAUGCUUUUCAGCAAGAUUUUUUCCACCCUCCGCCUAUUGCUGAUACGGUCAACCAUAACAUUCAGUUAAGUGACCCAAAUGGCGGAGAUGUUGAUGUUAUGCCUGAAACACACCUUCCGCCCCCUAUACCUCAAAAUGAGCGCGAAAUUGAAGAAUUAUAUAUACAACAACUGCACGAUGACCAGGAGGAAGAAGAAGAAUGGAUAUCUGGUGAUGAAGAUACAGAAGAAGAAGUUGCCUAUCAAGAAAAUACUGAUUCUGAUAGCGAUUAAAUGUAUAGUUAACAACAAAAGUAAUUACUUUUAAUUGAACUAUUUUAAUUUGAAUUUUUAACUUUCUUUCGUCAUUAUUAUAUUAUUCCAAGAUAUAAUAGUUAGGUAUGUAAUUCGCAACUAUCAUUUCUAAACAAAAUAAUUAUUCCAUA